AUGUUUAAGACGCUGCACUAUCGCUAUCGGCGUAUUCCCAGAGUUAGUCGCGAACAUACGGUCUUUAUUCAAGGUUCUAGAGCCUUUAGCUCAUCGAAAGGCAGCAACGACAUCAACAGGAAUUCCAAGACUAGAAACCCGAUAGCGUCAAAGACUUCCAUCGACAAAGCCGCUCCAAAUGGCGACAACAAGGGUCCGGUCUCAAACCGGCUUCAUAGAGCUCCAAUUUUAGUUCCAAAGGUCGGCUCUACAGAUCAUAUCCAACAGGAUGAAGUUCAUACUGAUGGUUUAUUUGCCGGUCACAAGCCGUUGUUUUUGGGCAGUCAAUCAAUCGACGCUAGAACAUCUAGAGGUGGUCUCAGAACGAUAUUUAGCACCUUGACUAAAGUUAAGAAAGCCACGGACGGGUCCACAUCUGAGAUUGACGUCCGUGGAAUAAUCAACGAUCUGAAAAGCGAGGAAAACACUCAGGAAGUGUGGACUAAUCACGAUGGAGUGGAAAAACCAGUCAUCCCUUGGGACGCCUCCAUAAGCGGAAUGGUGUACAACGAUCGACCCUUUAAAGCAGUCCCUCGUACUGUUGUCGACAGGCUUAAACCUUACAAGCUCAUACGGGUCGAAAGAAAAUCGAAAACGGCCAAACCUAGGGCCCCAGAAUUGAUAAAACUCAAAUUCCAUAAUUCAAAGAUCAACGAUGAGACUUUCCUUAUUGACAUUAAUCAAGCAGGUAGCAGGAGAACUCCCAAGCCUCAGUGGAGCGAGAGUAUGGCAAAAUCAAGAGAAGCAUAUGUGCAAGCUCUCACUUUGUUGAGCCAAUUCAAAUUUAUCAGAAGCGAUCAACAUGUUUUCAAGACGGACGUUAACAGAUUGAGCAUGUUUUUGGCCAAAGAAUUUCAAAAGACUACCAAGCUUACUGUUGAUACAGAGUUCACCGGAUAUCGACUCCCAUUCUACAUUUACAUUGAAAAAACAAUCUCCUCAAAGAUACUUUUCAGAAGACUGUUGCUCAAGCGUAUCAACGAUCACACUGAGCCUUUAUUGAAAACUAUUCUUUCGUCCUAUAGCAACCCCGAGCACGGCCCAAAAUUCGAAAAGCGCGUUCGUCUAAAAGUCAAGUCUUUGAUCGAAGAUCUCUCGGAAUAUCUCCCCUCGAUCUUUUUCAGUGGCAACGCAGUCGACUGCGUUUCGAAUGUUAGUCCCGUCAAAGGAUUUGGGAGACUGCACUGGCUUACAUACUCCAAGAGACGUCGUGUUUUUUGGGGCAGGAAUAUUGAUAAUGAUUUCACUUUCAACAUCGAUGAACAUUACAAGAUGAGCAGAAGUGGUGUUCGGUAUAUGAAGCACCCACUCAGCUUACAAUGCAAAACUUUCCGUGAGGCAUUCACAGAGUGGGAGUAUUACCCCUGA